UGUCGGAACAAUUGUACUUGAAUCCAAAAACCUUUACAGUCAUUUGUUGCAUGAUUAAUUAAUCAGUAGCUGUUUAUAAUCCCGAGACCUCACGAACUCACAUUAAACUAAUCACCAAAUUAAUCAUUAGUCAUUAAUUUCCAUGCUUAAUACACAUGGACAAGUGGAGGGGGGCCCCCGCCCCCCCAUUCUUGAUCAAUAAUUGUGAUCAUAACAAACUUAUUACACAAUCACUUAUCUCCUUCAUAUAACUCUCCCCUGUUUCAUGAUCACACAAUCUUGUUUCUGCAGUGAUGCAAGAACACUGAUUAUUAUUAAUUUAUUUAAUUUUUUUUGAAUAAAUUAAAUAAAUAUGGAGAAGAAAACUCAUCAUCACCUUUUCUUGUUCUUGUACUGUUCCAUUGGUUUGUGUUCAUUUUUUGCCAAUGGAGUUAUAGCUAUAGAUGUUUCGAAUCCCGAGUUAUCGGCACUUUUGGCGUUGAAAUCGGGCUUCAUCGAUCCGAUGGAUCAUUUGAAAGAGUGGAAGCUUCCGAACGAUUCGCCACACUGCAAUUGGACCGGCGUUGUAUGCAGCUCGAACGGGCUCGUAUCGAAGCUGGAUUUAUCGAACAUGAACCUCAGCGGCCUCGUCUCGGACCGCGUUCGCGAUCUGACGUCUCUCACGGAGCUCGAUCUCAGCUGCAACGAUUUCUCGUCGUAUUUGCCGAAAUCGUUAGCCGGCCUCGUUUCAUUGACCGCUGUUGAUGUGAGCCAGAACAACUUUGUCGGGGGGUUUCCGUUCGGUCUAGGUGGCAUUCCAGGCCUGAAAAGCAUCAAUGCGUCGAGCAACAACUUCGAGGGACUCCUCCCGGAAGAUCUCGGCCGUUCGUCUUCGCUCGAGAUUCUCGAUUUCAGGGGAAGCUUCUUCGAAGGCUCGAUCCCAUCGUCUUUCAGGAAUAUGCAGAGGCUGAAGUUUCUAGGCCUAUCGGGUAACAAUCUCACCGGAAAAAUCCCGGCGGAAAUCGGACAGAUGUCGUCCUUAGAGACUAUCAUCAUGGGGUACAAUCAGUUCGAAGGUCCAAUUCCGUCGGAAUUCGGCAAUCUCAGUAAUCUUCAGUAUCUCGAUUUGGCUGUCGGCGCGUUGGGUGGCUCGAUUCCGAAGGAGCUAGGCAUGUUGAAGAAGCUGACGACGGUUUACUUGUACCAGAACAGUUUCGAAGGCAGAAUUCCGUCGGAAAUCGGAAAUAUGAAGUCCUUAGUGUUUCUCGAUCUUUCGGACAACAAAUUAUCAGGGCCGAUACCGAACGAGGUGGCGGAGCUCGAGAAUCUGCAGCUGCUGAACCUUAUGUGUAAUGAGCUGAAUGGCUCGAUUCCUGUCGGCAUCGGCGAGCUUAAAAAGCUCGAAGUUCUCGAGUUGUGGAAGAAUUCUUUGAGUGGCUCGUUGCCGUUAAACCUCGGACGAAACUCUCCGUUGCAAUGGCUGGACGUUUCCUCGAAUUUGUUGUCGGGCGAGAUUCCACCUGGCUUGUGUGACUCAGGUAAUCUCACUAAACUCAUCCUCUUCAAUAACUCGUUCUCUGGUUCGAUUCCGACGGGCCUAUCGAACUGUUCUUCGUUGGUUCGUGUUCGGAUCCAAAGAAAUCAUUUUUCGGGCCCGAUUCCAUUAGGCUUAGGUACUCUGCCAAAGCUCCAAAGACUAGAAUUAUCUAACAAUAAUCUAAGUGGUGAAAUACCUCAAGAUUUUACCCUUUCGACUUCGCUUUCCUUUAUCGAUGUAUCGUACAAUCGCCUCGAUUCUUCUUUGCCCUCGAGUAUUCUAUCCAUUCAAACCCUCCAAACCUUCAGCGCCUCGUCCAACAAUCUGCAGGGGAAAAUCCCGGACCAAUUCCAAGACUGCCCUUCCCUCUCCGUGCUCGAUCUCUCUUACAACUUUUUAUCGGGACUGAUUCCUCAGAGCAUUGCCUCUUGCGAGAAGCUCGUGACGUUGAAUCUCAGGAGCAACCAUUUAACGGGGGAGAUUCCGCGGGCCAUCGCCACAAUCCCAACACUCUCGGUUCUCGAUCUGUCGAACAACUCCCUCGUCGGGAAGAUUCCGGAUAGUUUCGGAAGCUCGCCGGCUCUCGAAAUGCUCAACGUCUCUUACAACAGGCUCGCGGGCCCCAUUCCGAACACCGGCAUUUUAACCACGAUCAAUCCGAGCGAUCUCGUAGGGAAUGCCGGUCUAUGUGGCGCUAUACUCCCACCUUGCUCGCAGAGUGUCGUCGGUGCAGCGAACAAGCCUAGGAAAGUCGUACGCGUAAACCACGUACUCGUGGGGUUUCUCGUCGGAAUAUCGGUGAUUUUAUCCGUCGGGGUUUUAGUUUUCGGAGGGAGACAGGUGUACAAGAAGUGGUACUUGUGUAGCUACUCGUUCUCCGAUUGGUUCAAGAAAACAAACUCGGAAUGGCCGUGGCGGUUAGUGGCGUUCCAACGGCUUCAUUUCACGAGUUCCGACAUAUUAGGUUGUCUUAAAGAGUCGAACGUGAUAGGUGUCGGUGGGACCGGGAUAGUGUACAAGGCCGAGAUCCAACGGCCGCACUCUAUAGUAGCCGUUAAGAAGCUGUGGAGGUCGUCGUCGUCGGACGAGACAGAUGUCGAGACGGGAGAGGCCGAUCUCUUCGCUGAGGUGGAUCUUUUGGGGAAACUUAGGCAUCGGAAUAUAGUGCGAAUGUUGGGGUAUUUGCACAACGAGAAAGACGUGAUGAUGGUUUACGAGUACAUGCCGAACGGGAACCUCGGCGAGGCGUUGCAUGGGAAGUUAAAGUCGGAGAAAGUGAUGUUUUUGGAUUGGGUUUCGAGGUAUAAUAUCGCGCUCGGUGUGGCGCAUGGGCUUGCUUACCUGCACCACGAUUGCCGUCCGCCGGUUAUCCACCGCGAUGUCAAGGCGAACAACAUUCUGCUCGAUUCCGAUUUCGAGGCGAGAAUUGCCGAUUUUGGAUUGGCUAGAACAAUGGCUCACAAGAAUGAGACUGUUUCUAUGGUGGCUGGUUCCUAUGGCUACAUUGCACCAGAAUACGGAUACACAUUGAAGGUCGACGAGAAGAGCGAUAUAUACAGCUACGGAGUAGUGCUUCUCGAGCUGCUAACCGGGAAAACCCCACUAGACCCUUCGUUCGGUGACUCAUCGAUCGACAUAGUCGAAUGGGUCCGAAGAAAAGUCAACAGCAAAUCCGCAGAACCCGAAUCGGCACUUGAUUCCGACAUUGCAGGCGAUUGCAAGCACGUGCAAGAAGAGAUGAUUCUCGUCCUGAAAAUAGCACUCGUCUGCACCGCGAAGCUGCCGAAGGACAGGCCUUCAAUGCGGGAUGUUAUAACGAUGCUCGGUGAAGCGAAGCCGAGGCGAAAGAGCAUUUGUCGAAAUUGGGGGUAUAAUGGUAAUAAAGAGAAAUUGAUAUUUGCACAUUCACCUGUUAUUGGACUUCUGUAGUUUUACAGAAGUUUGUAUAAGUGUUCAUUUUUUUAGUACUUUAGUUGCUUUUUGGUUUUAAUUAAGUAACUAAUUGGGUAUUAAUUAGUAAAUGUAAAGGUUUAUAAUUGUUAUUAUUUAUUUUGCAUGCUUGAUUUCUAUGAUAUUGAACCCUUGUGUACCAUCAUAGGAAGACAAGUAACAAUAAUGUAAUUGUAGAGAAGAAUAAUGCAAUCGAUAGUAGGUUAAGAUUUACGGCAAUUUCUAUACGCACGCGUUUCCAC